AUGAGCGGGAGUCAGGCAGCACACUCACUGGCCUUCAGGGUGAUGAGAUUAUGCAGACCAUCGUUUCACGUCGACACUCCUCUCAAAUUCAACCCCUCCGAUCUCCUCUUCGGCGAAGACCUCUUCAACGACGCCGUCGCAGCCUCUCACCUCCCUCGCCUCCUCAGAAACCCAUCGUUUAACGCAACCAAGGCCGCCGAUACCUCAGAUCUCACCUACCGCACCAGACUCCUCCUCCAUGAUCCCUCCGACGCCAUGGGCCUCCCUGGCCUCCUCGUUCUACCCCAAGCCUUCGGGGCAAUUUAUUUAGGAGAGACGUUUUGCAGUUAUAUAAGUAUCAACAACAGUUCGAAUUUUGAAGUUAGGGAUGUUGUAAUUAAGGCAGAAAUUCAAACGGAAAGACAGAGAAUACUGCUAUUAGAUACAACAAAAGCUCCUGUUGAAUCGAUACGUGCGGGAGGGCGUUAUGACUUCAUCGUGGAACAUGAUGUCAAAGAACUCGGGGCGCACACGCUGGUCUGCACAGCUCUCUAUAGCGAUGGUGAUGCCGAGCGCAAAUAUCUUCCUCAGUUUUUCAAAUUUAUUGUAGCCAAUCCGCUUUCAGUUAGAACAAAGGUUCGCGUUGUCAAGGUAGGUUCCAUUUGGUUAGAAGUUAAAACUUUUGAGUCUGAAUCCCUGGUUAUACAGGAAACCACUUUUUUGGAGGCUUGUAUCGAAAAUCAUACAAAAUCAAACCUUUAUAUGGACCAAGUUGAGUUUGAGCCUGCUCAGCAUUGGAGCGCAACAAUACUAAAAGCCGAUGAUUACCAGUUAGAGAAUACUGUAUUGACUAGAGAAGCAUUCAAGCCACCUGUUCUCAUCAAAUCUGGGGGAGGAAUCCACAAUUAUCUGUAUCAGUUGAAGUUGUCAUCACAAGGUUCUGCGGAAAUGAAAGUUGAGGGAAGCAAUGUCCUUGGCAAAUUCCAGAUAACAUGGCGCACAAAUUUGGGUGAACCUGGGCGCUUGCAGACGCAGCAAAUUCUUGGUAGUGUAAGUGAAUCUCCGUGA